GAAUACAAACGGCAAGCGCGGGGCGGGGCCUAUUCGCUGUAGGGAAUCCAACCCCGCGUGUCACCCCCCCCCCCCCUCACGCCGCCUUUGGUGGAGUCGCGAUGCGAGGAGGGACGCGGCGGAGCGGGCGACUGGAGGACCCCGCGGCUCCCCCCCCGCAUGAGUAGCGGCAGCAGCCACGUGUCUCUCAACCCGUACAUCCGCCGCCGCCAGCCGGUGAGCUCCGCACCCCGACAGCCAUGGCCAUGGCCUCCAGGAUCAUUCGCAAGCUCCGCGGCGGCAGCAAGAAGAGCCGUGGCCGGGGAGGGUCCCCCGGCCCGGAGUCGCGGCCGGGGGACGUCGCCCCGGGGCUGGAGGACGAGGACGAGGAGGAGGAGGAGGCGUGCCGCGUGGCCGCGCGCCUCGGGGGCACCCUGAGCUUCGACUCGUCCGAGACGCCGCGAGGUCCCUCGAGGGGCGACUCGGACGAGUCCGGGAGAGCGACGCCGGAGCACGCCGAGUGCGGGCGGCUCCCGGCGGAGGUGGAGCUCGCGGCGGGGGGAGGAGGAGGACGAGGAGGAGAUGGACGAGGUGGAGGUGGAGAUGGAGGAGGAGGAGAUGGAGGAGGAGGAGGCGAGCAGGCGGCGGGAGACGGAGCAGAUGACUCGACACGGCUCACCAGUGCCCUGCAGGCCUCGUUCCGGUGCAAGCGCGACCAGCAGCGGCGGCAGCAGCAGCGCGGCGACUCGCUCACCUUCGAGGUGGUGGCAGCGAACGUGGUGCAGGAGUCCGGCUCCAAAUACGUGCUGUACACUGUGCUCGUAGUAGCGAAUGGCUGUCUCGAUGACAAGAAGGCGUCCAUCAACCGUCGGUACUCAGAUUUCUCCCACCUGCACAAGGCCCUCCUCCGCUCUGCCCCUGCAAAUGGCGACAAAUCGGACGACAACGAUGACAACAACACGCGCUACCGCCGCCAGUGCGCCAGACAACUCUCUUCGGUCUCGUUUCCCUCCAAGAAAAUCGCCGGGAACUUCACGGCCGUGACGAUAGCUCGGCGAAGUCGGGCAUUCGAGCAAUACCUGUCACACAUCACGCAGAUACCCUCCGUACGUGGCACCCCCAGCCUCUGGGCUUUCUUCUGCCUGCCGGAUUUAAAAGCUGGACACAGUGCAAUCCGCGGAGGGGAUUACGAUGGAGCCCUGCAGAGCCUCACCAAUGCCUUGCAUCUGCAGGAAAAGAUCAUUCCUCCUUCAUCACACAAGUGGGAGCUUCCUCCCACGCUGUCUGCACUGGCGGCGUGCUGUCAAGCACUGGGCAGACGAAACGAAGCGCAGGGACACUGCCAGCGAGCCCUCCAGGUCAUGGGCUCCGCUGACGAUGAGGACGAUGACGACGAAGACGCCAACACGGCCGCCGAAGAUCGGGGUGGCCCCGGCGUCGAGGGCUCGGGUGGAGUCGCAUCGAGGAAGGCGAACGGCGGGCAGUGGGGCGACCUUCUUGUCGCUCUGCUAAGUGCAAACGUGCACCUGUCCUGGCAGUUGGGCUUGGACAAGAGGGAGAGCGAAGCGAGGCUGCAGCGACUGCAGGGGCGCCGAGGUGCUGGGGUGCCGCAGCCCACUGUCUCUUAAAGAGUGGGUCAUCCAACAACAUCUCCAGUGAAAAGCCAACGUCGUCGUCGUUAUAAUGGCUGUGCAGAGAACCGUGGACACCCUGAGCAGCUGCGUCCAUUCUCUGCAGGUCACAAAGAUGUCGUAGAUUUGUGCAAAAGGUGACCGAAACAUUUAUAGAGGGGUUGUUAAAGUAAUGUUUGUUUUGCCGGUGGUAACCGCAUGAAACUUAACCCAGUAUUAACAUCGGUUAUCGGUGUGCUGCACAUAGACAGUGUCUCUAGCAAAACAAAAACAUAUAACAUGUUUACCUCUUUAACUGAGAAAGGGAGCUGCCAUGGUAUAAUGGUGAGUGGCGCACCGGACUUGCAAUCCAUAGGUCACCGUUUUGAUUCCAUAUCGUGGCACAGCAGUUGAAAUAAUUGGGAAAGUUGAUUAAUUCCCUCACUCCAAUGCCUGUCCCCCACUUGCUGUACUGUUUGUAUGUUUGUGCAUUUGAAUCGGUGCGCAUUCAUGACUAAAAUUCCACUGAAAUUGUAUGGCCGUCCCCGACUUUCAGAACCGGUAAUUUUGACAACGGUUUGCGGGUUAUCGUUUGUGACAACCCUAGUUUAUGAAGGGACACCACGCUCUGGCCUGGAAUGAGAUAUGUUACCAUAGUUGCCUACUUGAGUGGCUUGGCCAUUUAUAGUACAGCCAAAGGAUGAAACGAACACGUGUUAUCCCUCGGCUGCCGCUCCAUUCUACACCAUCGGCCAUCAUCCCUUCUAGCCGUGAUGCGUCCUGUCCACGUCCAUUUUUUUUUCUUUUUUUUCUUUUUCUUUUUUUCUUUUUUCUUUUUUUCUUUUUUUUCUUUUUUUUCUUUUUUUUCUUUUUUUUCCUCAAAUGUUUGGACGUCAUUGACAUGUGUAUGUUCUCCAACCUAUGUGUCUCUGAAUGUAAUUCUAAGCAGUGGAAAACAUCUCUCUCUCUGUUGAUUUCCUCUCUCAGGAACUCAAAAUAAGCGCUACUAUUGUGUUUGCAGCACUGCUACAUGUAGGAGUGUAAUACAAAAGUUGACAUCCUCAGUCCGUGUAAGUGAAAUGUACCAAUACGAGCCAAAGCAAAAUCUGUCAGUGGUUUAAUGAUGCUGAUGAAUUGGUGAUGAAGUAUAAAUAACAUGCAAAGGGAGAUCUAUAGUAUUAGUUUGCACUUUUGUAAAUGGAUCAAAUCUUAAACCACACGUUAACAGACUUGCUUUGAAUUUCGUAAAAAUGCUGAUUUGGAGAUUUUGUGCUGAUGUCAUUGUAUACAUGAAAACGUCUAGUACAUCACUAGAUAGUGCAAUUCAUACCUAUAAUGCAUAUCUUAUCCUGUCGUAUCCGUUAUAUCAAUGAUUAAUUUUAGUUGUACAUGCUGAACUUCUUUUGCACCAUACAUAGCCAAUCGUGACAUACAAAUUCCACCUCAAAACGCUGUAGGAAUUUGUAACGUGAUUUAUUUUUGCGCGUGGUGAACCACGAAGGGGGGCGGCAGCCAGGAACCGGCAGUCGCAAUAUCCGAAGCGCUUGUCCUAUCUUGGGACGUUGGACCAACUUCAUUCAUGAGUGUUUAUCAUUUGACAUUAUUGUCUUACCCAGGACGCUAUUGAAAAUGACUCUUCUUGGUCUGUUGAGUUCUAAAAUUGAUACGAAAAAAAGGCUUGCUUGGCGAACAUACCAAUGGAGGAAUUUACAUGACGGUUCACAAACAAGUUUUAGGCCAAAUCAAGCAGCCGGAUAAUUCCAAGGAAAAACUGACACGACUAACUGACAACUGGUACACUUGUAGUUUGUCAUCCACGUGCUGCACCUCCUGUGGCCGUGAAAAGGGAAGACGGUAUUAUAUUAAUUUUGAUCUGCUUAAAGCUGGAAACUUGCGCACCUCGUGUCAGUAUUUGGAGCUGGUUUACUGAGAAGAGAUCAUCGCACUUGAAACCAGGAACAGCAUUAUGCGAGAGCUCUUGCACAUUUUUACGAGUAAACUGUUUGAUUGCCUUAACACUCAACGGUGCCUUUUACUAACAUGAAGAGGUUGAUUUUUGUGUGUUUAUCAAACAAGAAUUAGCAAUAAAAUGCAAUACAACACGGAAAUAAUGCUGCCAUCAUCUCUGCACUGUUUGUGCAAGUCGUGACAUUAAGCGUCAAGAGUGAAGUGCCUGUUGGAACGAGCAGUUGAAGGUUUUUUUAUGCUGAUAUUUUGAUCUAAAUCAAUCAUGCUAAAUAUUCUCAUGAUAAAAAUAAAAUAUAUAUUAAAACAU